UAUAGUAAUGUAACUUUUGAUAUAUUUAUUUACUGUGUAUCGAUUGAUAGCCAAAUUGUAACGUUACAAGUAUUCCGGGUUUUUCCAUGGUCCUUGACAAAAUUAAUGCUCAUUAGUCAAAUUCAAUCAUAAUUAAAGUUUUUGGGGAAAAACGUCGUGUAAAACAUUUAGGUCUAUACAAUAUAAGAAAAACAAUUUUAUACACGAAUGACAUCCCGUAUUUUCUUGUCGGAGUUAUCGGACGUAGUAAAAACGAAAGUAUAACCAAUAUAAACAAUCGGCGGGAAGUCCCGCAGACGAACAUUGACAGCUACGCUGAAGUAGAGGAGAAUGAUAAAAUAUUCAUUAUGAGCCAGUCAAGCAGAGCAAGUGAAGUGCCCGACGAAAUAAUUUGUCACCAAGAUGAACCUUUCAUCGAUGAAAUCACAUCUUUGAAUGAUUUAUACUUCGGAAAUCAUACCGAGUUUGUGCCAUUGUCAUCGUCCGAAGACGAGGAAGAGGACAGUGAGACUACAGACAUCAGUGUCGGUAAUUAUUCAGAUUCUACAUGUAAUUCAGAUUAUCAACACGAAUUCGAAUACAGAACUGUCGACCAAGACGAAGUUAAUUUUGUCGGUGUAUUCAAAACAAAAACAUGCGGUUGCAGUAAAUUGUAUGGUUCCCCAUGUAGUACAAAAAUCGAAUUCGACCACUUGCUAGAAUACAGACAACAGUGUCAGGAAAUGUCAGGUGAGGAAUUAGAUUUAACAGUGAAAGUUCAACUUGCCGCACACAGGAAAUCUAGUACAUACUGGCCCCAGUCUACAAGUAAAAAGCAAAAAACAAAAGAGAGAGAAAGAGUAGCACAAAAGUACUAUUUUGCUGGUCAGCAAGUAUGUCGAGAUACUUUUCUUUUUUGCCAUGGCAUAGGGAAAUUCAAGCUUAACAGCAUAGCUGCAUCUCUGGAUAAAGAUGGCCUAAAACCUAGGAUUCAUGGAAACACUGGGAAAACCCCUAAACAUGCACUCAGCCUCACAGAUGUUCAGCGUAUAUCUCAGUUCUUGAAAGAAUAUACAUUGAAGAACGGACUCCCACUGCCAGGCAGACAGCCAAACUACUCAACCCUUGGUGACAAAGUCCUGUUGUUGCUUCCCUCUGACAAGACAAAGUCUGAUAUUUGGGAACUUUAUAACCAAGCAGCGACAAUGCUUAAUUAUAGACAAGUGAGCUUAUCUGAGUUCAAGAAAGUUUGGUUGGAACAAACACCACACAUCCUGAUUAUGAAGCCAGCUACUGAUCUGUGUCCCAAAUGCCAGAGAUAUGUUCAUAACAUCAGUAAUGCAGGGAACCUGUCAGAAGAGGAAAAGAAAACCAUGCUGGAUGAGUACAUGUGUCACCUGGACAAAGCCAAGCAACAGAGAGAAUACUACAGAGAAAGGUGUCUACUGUCCAAAGAACUGUUUCAAACACAUGACUUAAAUCAAACUGAAAGAGGACAAGUAUGUACAAUGGACAUGACUCAGAUGUACAGCUUUGACUUUGCUCAGCAGAUUCACUAUCCUCAUCAUGCACAAGAGGUGGGGCCUCUGUUCUUCAAAACCCCCAGAAAGUGCCAAGCCUUUGGUGUGUGUGCAGAGGGAGCAGGUGAGCAAGUAUUCUAUCUGGUGGAUGAGGCUGAGGAGGUAGGCAAGGGAGCCAAUACUGUGGUGAGCCUAUUACAUCACUUCUUUGAGCAUUGGGGAUAUGGAGAGAAGGAUGCUGUGCUGCAGAUGGACAAUUGUGCCGGACAAAACAAAAACAACACAAUGAUUAGAUAUGGCAUGUGGAGGAUAAUGACAGGUCGUCAUCGCAGCAUAGAGUUUUCCUUGAUGGAAGCUGGACAUACAAAAUUUAGUCCAGACUGGCAUUUUGGCCUCUGGAAGAUGAAGUGGAGACAUUCUACAGCAGAAACUCUUGAUGAGGUAGCAGAAUCAGUGAGGCGCUCCUCAAGAAAUGGCCACAACAUACCCCAGCUCAUCAACGAUGCUGAGAAGCCGGUCUCCUUCUACGACUGGACGAGUUUCUUUGAAGCUUUCUUCAAGAAACUACCAUCCAUCUCUAAAUUUCACCAUUUCAGAAUGUCUGAAGAAAGUCCAGGAGUUGUGUUUGUCAAGGCUUAUCGUAGCUCUGCAGAGAAACCCAUCAACAUUUUGAAGAAAGGACAGCAACUACCUAAUGUUGACACCCUGCCAUCCGUGAUUACACCCAAGGGUCUUGAUGCUGCCAGACAGUGGUAUCUUUAUGAUGAAAUCAGACCAUUCUGCAGGGAUACUUCAGAUAGUCUACAGUCUUGCCCUAAGCCUGUGUGUCCAAAACCUCGUGUCAAAAUAGACCCAGAGAAAAGAAAAUGUCCAAAGCAGUUUGCCUCUCCUGAGAUGUGAAAUUUUAAGGUGUAUUGUGUACUGUAAUGUGCAGUGUCAUAAUAUACAUAUUUAUGUAUAAUAUAAUACAUAUAUUAUAUAAAUUGCAGUAUUUGAAAUUAUUUGUACAUGUAUGUAGUGUUUAGGUAAAAUUAUUUGUUAAUUACUAGUAUUACCUUAAUUAGAUAGGAAUAAUUGUGUGAUGUUUCAAAAUGAUAAGCCGUAAAGUUCUAUUUUUAGACAAAUAUAUUACAUGUAAAAAGCUAAUGUACAACUUCUCAAAUCAUGACCUUUUUGCACUAAACUUCGAUAGAAAAUGAUGCCAUUAUAUUCAAUUUUGAUCACAAAACAUUUUAAAUGAAUAAAUCUUUUUUUUUUUACUAUUUAAUAACUUUGUAUUUAUCUUCUAGAUUACUUUUUCAUAUUUGACUUUUCUUCCAAUUUUCAAUGCAUUGUGAGAAAUUGCUUAAAACAUGUCUCAUUUUUGCAGCGUCAUAGCUCCUGAAAUAAAAGGAGAUGAAUUCUAAUAUUUGGUAUUUUUAUUUAUUUAUACCAAAGCAACAUAAAAAUGCAAAAAUCUCAAUUUGUUGGAAAAACUCAAUAAACCUGGUUUUCUGGUGGCUUAUC